AUGAACGACAAUGGACAGCAAACACGAGGCAUCAUCAAAGUCAAAUUCGAUGAACAAGAAGAGGACGCAUCGUUGUUCGAUCAAAAUACACUGCUCAAACGUGGCUCUAUCAAUUCAAAAACGAUUCUCAUUGCCAACAAGCCCAAGACACUGAAAAAGAUCAACAUUUCAUUCAAAAAAAGUCUAGGUUUCAAUCUCGGCAUUGGUCUCGCCGAUCAAUGGAAUUUUCGUUCUGUCACUGUGCUUGAUAUGCAAUCCAAUUCCAGUUACAAAUUUUGUCCGACAUCGAAUUCACCGAUGAUCAAGAGCGGCUCGAAUCUGACGUACAAAUUGUGUUGA